CGGAAUGUUGCCGACGAUAGUACACGGAAGUUCAAACAAAAGAAAAUUACAGCACCGUUCACAAUUCUCACCGGCUGCUAAGCAGACCAGUGUCGAUGAUUUGGAAACGCAGUUAUAUCGCGCAGUUCAAUAUUUUUUAUUGCUUUCUGAGAUUUUUGUAAGCCUACCAUAUGACGCACAUCAACAUAUACCGACCGACAACAAUAAUAAGCAUAGUAUAUGGCUUAUAUUGCACAUCGUUUGGUGCAUUAUUAUUUAUGCCAGUCUCAUCGUGGCCAUAUACAGCGAGUUCACGAAGAUCAACAUCUACUUGCCGACAAUACAUAAGCCGUUAUAUUUUGGCGAAUAUCUAAUAUACAUAUUGCAUAUAUUCCUGAUUAUAACAAGCAGUUAUUGGAGCCGUCACAAAUGUCGUCGACUUUUACAUAACAUCGCUGAAUUCGAUUACACUUUAGUUAAUUUUGAGAGACUACCGAACUACGAACGUUUAACGUACUUUUUGAAAGCUCAUGUGGCUUUGGUAAUUUUCUUUGUCUUUUGGACUGCCAGCCUCAAUUACUUUUACAGUAAUGGCAUUUUCCUUAACUACAUACGAAGUCUCGUCGUCUAUCUGUUGCCGAACUUAAUAUUGUCCAUCUCACUCAUACAAUACUACACGCUGUUGUAUGCUAUCGCCCAACGCUCGAGACGUUUAAACGAAAUACUACUCGCAAAGCUUUCGCAAAAGAAUAGUCCAGGAUUUUUAAAUGAAAGACUACAACGCAUCCGACUGCUCUAUUCAGCUUUACAAGUAUUUACGAAGGAUGUGAAUAAUAGUUUUGCAUUUUCGGUGGUCUUGGUAUACAUUGGAUCCUUCACAAAUUUGGCGGUGAAUAUUUUUUUGAUCUACAAAUAUGUGGACGAGUGGAAUACGUCAGCACUGCCGGCGGUUUUCUACUCGUUGGUUUGGACAAUCAUGCACAUUGCUAAGAUGCUUCUGAUACUUUACUAUAAUCAGAGCAUCCAGAAUCAGAACAGCAAUACAAUCUUUAUAAUGAACGAAAUUGGUGGCCAAAACACGGAAAUGGAGGAUACAGUCACCCAUUUUGUAUUGCAAUUAAUUAUAAACACCCGAACAAAUGUUGUCUGUGGAGUUGCAGAAUUGAAUCUCAAAUUUAUUACAACACUUUUAACAGCCAUGUCCACCGUAUUUAUAUUUUUACUGCAAUAUGACAUAACUUACGAGGCGCUUAAGUUAACACAUAACUCGGGGAGUCCCUAGACCAAAGUUUGAACGAAUGUAAUAAAGAACAAUUGUUCGUUCGCUGAAGACAAGCGAACG